AUGUACAAUGUUGUUUACGUGGCUUUUCUUGGUGCAGUCAAGAGAAUGCCGCCAAGACGACGUAGAAUUGUACAACGAGUUGAGGAAGAGGGAUCUACAUAUGGGAGUUGUGGUCAGACCCCUCCACCUCCACCUCCACCCCCACCUCCUCCUCCGCCUUAUCCACCCCAGAUGCCUGAUUUUAGGCAAUUCUGGGAAGCUGUUAUGGCUGCUGCACCUAGGGCAGCUGAGCGAGCUCCAGCUGAGGGUAGUACUCCGGCCCUAUUUCUCAGACUUCAUCCCCCUGAGUUUCAUGGAAAUGAGGGGGCCAUAGCUGCAGAUGAUUGGCUUACUUCUUACGAGGGGUUAGCCGAAACGGCUAAGUGUACCGACGAGCAGAAAGUGGAGUACGCCAGGCUUGUGUUCCGUAGCGAAGCACAACAGUGGUGGAAAUCCAAGAAACUGCAUCUUGUGACAGAAUAUGGACAGGGGGUUCCCAUUCCGUGGGAACGCUUCAAGCAAGAGUUUAAUGACCGUUUCUUCCCGCUCGCUCAAAGGCAACGAUGUGCAAAGGACUUCCUAGAGCUUAAACAGGGGUCUAUGUCGGUGGAGCAAUAUUCGGCAGAAUUUAUGAGAUUAUCAAGGUAUGCUCCCUAUCUUAAUCCUGAUGAAGGGAUCAAGGUUGAGAAGUUUCGGGGUGGCUUGGCGCCACGAAUCCUGGAGCGAGUCAUUUUUGUAAAGGUGGCUGAUUAUUCUGAGAUGGUGCAUGUUGCCACCAUGGCUGAGAUAGGGAUUAAGGCCGCAGCAGCAGAUUACAUGAGUAGGAAACGGUCCAUGUCUGCGGGGACUUCUUCUACACUACCUUUCAAGAAGCAAGCUACAAGUGGUAGUGCAGGAUCCCAGGGAAGAAAGAGCACUUAUACGAGUCAGGGUAGUGGCAAUCUUCAGAGUUGCGGCAAGUGCGGGAAGCCACAUUUGGGAGAGUGUCGACAUGGGUCAGGUGUAUGUUACAAGUGUGGCAGGCCUGGCCACUUUGCUCGAGAAUGCACCCAAGCAAGUGGAAGCAGAGGACGGGGGUCUUAG